AUUUAAAAAGGCGGGGAGUGUCUGGGUGGCUCGUUGGUUGAGCAUCCAACUUCGGCUCAGGUGUUGAUCUCAUGGUGUGAGUUUGAGCCGCGUGGGGCUCUGUGCUGACAACUCAGAGCCUGGAGCCUGCUUUGGAUUCUGUAUCCCUCUCUCUCCACCCCAUCCCUGCUUGUGCUCUCUCUCUUUCAAAAAUGAAUAAACAUUUAAAAAAAAUUUUUUUUAAGUUUGUGAAUUGUAGUUUUCCUUAUGUUACUGACUUUUAACUUCAUCCCCAUUGGUCAGAGAAGAUACUUAAAUGGUAUCUUUUUUUUUUAAGUUUAUUUAUUUAUGUUGUGAGGGACAGAGACAGCGUGAGUGGGGAAGGGGUGGGGUGGAGAGAGAAUCCCAAGCAGGCUCUGCACUCUGUGCAGAGCUGGAUGCGGGACUUGAACUCAUGAAACCGCAAGAUCAUGCAUGACCUGAGACAAAACCAAGAGUCUGAUGUUUAACCAACAGCCACCCAGGUGCCCCAGUAUCUUUUUAUAUCUAUUGAGACCUAUUUGUGGUUUAACAAAUGGUCCAUCCUGGAGACUAGUCCGGGUGCACUUGAGAAAAUGUGAUUCUGCUACUUUUGCAUAGAGUGUUCUGUUUGUGUCUAUUAGAUCUCUAAUUGUGUUAAGCUAUUUCCUUUUAUUCUGUCUGGUUGACCGAUUAUUGAAAGUGGGGUUUGAAAUUUCCAGUUAUUAGAGAACUGUUGAUUUUUCUCUUCACAUUUUCAGUUUUUGCUUCAUAUAUUUUGAGAAUCUGUUAUUAGGUGCUUAAUAUUUAUGAUUUAUCUUCUUGCUGUAUAUUUUGAACCUUUUAGUUAAUAUCUGAUGUCAUCCUUUGUCUUUCAUAAACUUUGGACUCAAAGUCUGUUUUGUCUGAGGGGUGCCUGGGUGAUUCAGUUGGUUAAGCAUCCGACUCUGAAUUUCGGCUCAGGUCAUGAUCUCACGGUUCAUGAGUUCGAGUCCCACAUCGGGCUCUGCACUGACUGCAGAACCUGCUUGAGAUUCUCACUCUCUCCCUCUUUCUCUGCCCCUUCCCCACACGCGUGUGCGUGCAGUCAUUCUCUCUCAAAAAUAAACAUUAAAAAAAAGUCUAUUUUGUCAGAUAUUAAUCUAGCACCUCAGCUUUCAUUUGGUUACUAUUUGCAUGGAAUAUCUUUUCUGUCUUUUCACUUUCAACCUAUUUGUGUCUUUGGAUCUAAAGUGAGUCUCUUUAAACAUAUACAGCUUAUACAGUUAUACAACAUAUACACAGCAUAUACAGUUGAUACUUGAAUGGCAUGGUGGGUUGGGGCACCAACUCCAUGCACUGAUGAAAAUCCAUGUAUAAUUUUUAAAUCCCCAAAACUUAACUACUAAUAGCCUACUGUUGACUGGAAGCCUCACUGACAACUGAAAAAGUCAGCACAUAUUUUGUAUAUGUAUUAUAUGCUGCUGUAUUCUUUUUUUUUUAAUGUUCAUUUUUGAGAGAGAGUGUGAGCAGGUGAGGGGCAGAGAGAAGAGGGAGACAGCAAAUCUAAAGCAGGCCCCGUGUGGUCAGUGCAGAGCCUGAUGUGAGACGAUCAUGACCUGAGCUGAAACAGGCUGCUUAACCAACUGAACUACCCAGGCACUCCAGUAUAUACUGUAUUCUUAAGGACGAGGUACUACUAUAACUACACAGUUUGGUAGCAAAAGGAUCUAUUUACUGGGCCCUCUUGACAUAGAGAUGUGGGGGGAUUCUCGAUCUGCUAACAGAACAGGACCUUUUCGUGGGAGCCAAGAAGAAAGGUUUGCUCCCGGGUGGAACAGGGAUUAUCCUCCUCCUCCCCUUAAGAGUCAUGCUCAAGAGAGACACUCUGGCAACUUUCCUGGCAGAGAUUCACUUCCCUUUGAUUUCCAGGGGCAUUCGGGGCCUCCCUUUGCAAAUGUAGAGGAGCAUUCUUUCAGCUAUGGCGCUAGAGACGGACCGCAUGGUGACUAUCGAGGAGGGGAGGGACCUGGACAUGAUUUCAGGGGGGGAGAUUUUUCAUCUUCUGAUUUCCAGAACAGAGAUUCAUCACAGUUGGACUUCAGGGGUAGGGACAUACAUUCUGGGGAUUUUCGGGAUAGAGAAGGACCACCUAUGGACUAUAGGGGUGGAGAUGGUACUUCUAUGGAUUAUAGAGGUAGGGAGACAUCUCACAUGAACUACAGAGACAGGGAUGCUCACACUGUUGACUUCAGAGGUAGGGAUGCUCCUUCAUCUGACUUCAGGGGCCGGGGCACUUAUGAUUUAGAUUUCAGAGGCCGGGAUGGAUCCCAUGCAGAUUUUAGGGGAAGAGAUUUGUCGGAUUUGGAUUUCAGGGCCAGAGAUCAGUCCCGUUCUGAUUUUAGGAAUAGAGAUGUAUCUGAUUUGGACUUCAGGGACAAAGACGGAACACAGGUGGACUUUAGAGGCCGAGGUUCAGGUACUAGUGAUCUAGACUUUAGGGACAGGGAUACGCCACACUCAGAUUUCAGAGGUAGACACCGGUCCAGGACUGAUCAGGAUUUUAGGAGCAGAGAGGUGGGACCUUGUAUGGAGUUUAAAGAUAGGGAGAUGCCCUCUGUGGAUCCAAAUAUUUUGGAUUACAUACAACCCUCUACACAAGAUAGAGAACAUUCUGGUAUGAACGUGAACAAGAGAGAAGAAUCCACACAUGACCAUACAACAGAAAGGCCUGCUUUUGGCAUUCAGAAAGGAGAAUUUGAACAUUCAGAAACAAGAGAAGAAGAAAAACAAGAUGUAGCCUUUGAACAUGAGUCUUCAUCGGACUUUCAGAACAGCGAAAGUCCACUUCAAGACCAAGACAAGUCACAGCUUUCUGGAGGUGAGCAACAGAGUUCAGAUGCUGGUGUGUUUAAAGAAGAAGGUGGUCUGGACUUUCUUGGCCGGGAAGACACUGAUUACAGAAGCAUGGAGUACCGUGAUGUGGAUCACAGGCUGCCAGGAAGCCAAAUAUUUGCCUAUGGCCAGAGCAAGUCUUUUCCAGAGGGCAAAACUUCCCGAGAUGCCCAACGGGACCUUCAGGAUCAAGAUUAUAGGACUGGCCCAAGUGAGGAGAAACCAAGCAAGCUUAUUCGAUUAAGCGGGGUGCCUGAAAAUGCCACAAAAGAAGAGAUUCUUAAUGCCUUUCGGACUCCUGAUGGCACGCCUGUAAAGGACUUGCAGUUGAAGGAGUAUAACACAGGUUACGACUAUGGCUAUGUCUGCGUGGAGUUUUCACUCUUGGAAGAUGCCAUCGGAUGCAUGGAGGCCAACCAGGGAACUCUAAUGAUCCAUGACAAAGAGGUCAUCCUUGAGUAUAUAUCAGGCCCGGACUUUUGGUACUGCAAACGGUGUAAGGCCAGCGUAGCUGGGUACCGAUCUUCAUGUUCACUCUGCAAGUGCCCAAGGGAAGUGACAGAGGCCAAGCAAGAAUUAGUAACCUAUCCUCAGCCUCAGAAAACAUCCAUACCAGCAGCAUCAGAAAAACAACCCAACCAGUCUCCAAGGUCAGGUGAUAAAGAAUCUGAACCCAAAAAGCGGGAAGAAGGACAAGAACCACGCUUGGGACAUCAAAAGAGAGAAGCAGAAAGAUACCUGCCUCCUUCUCGAAGGGAAGGGCUUACCUUCCGAAGAGACCGAGAGAAGGAGCCAUGGUCUGGGGAGACACGCCAGGAUGGGGAGAGCAAAACAAUCAUGCUAAAACGCAUCUAUCGGUCUACUCCACCUGAGGUCAUAGUGGAAGUGCUAGAGCCCUACGUCCGCCUUACUACUGCCAAUGUCCGUAUCAUCAAGAACAGAACCGGCCCCAUGGGCCACACUUACGGCUUUAUUGACCUUGACUCCCAUGCGGAAGCUCUUCGUGUAGUGAAGAUCUUACAGAACCUUGAUCCGCCAUUUAGUAUCGAUGGGAAGAUGGUAGCUGUAAACUUGGCCACUGGAAAACGAAGAAAUGAUUCUGGGGACCAUUCUGACCACAUGCACUACUAUCAGGGUAAAAAGUAUUUCCGAGAUAGGAGAGGAGGAGGCAGAAAUUCAGACUGGUCUUCAGAUACAAAUCGACAAGGACAACAGUCAUCAUCUGACUGCUACAUAUAUGAUUCUGCUACUGGCUACUAUUAUGACCCUUUGGCAGGCACUUAUUAUGACCCCAACACUCAGCAAGAAGUCUAUGUGCCCCAGGACCCUGGGUCACCUGAAGAAGAGGAGAUCAAGGAAAAGAAAUCCACCAUUCAAGGAAAGUCAAGUAGCAAGAAGGAGGCAUCUAAAAGAGAUGGCAAGGAGAAAAAAGACCGAGGAGUGACAAGGUUUCAGGAAAAUGCCAGUGAGGGGACAGUCCCCCCAGAGGACGUCUUUAAGAAGCCCCUGCCUCCCACUGUGAAGAAAGAAGAGAGUCCUCCACCACCUAAGGUGAUAAACCCACUCAUUGGCCUCCUGGGUGAAUAUGGAGGAGACAGUGACUACGAAGAGGAAGAGGAGGAGGAACAGACCCCUCCUCCACAGCCCCGCACAGCACAGCCCCCACAAAGGGAGGAACUGACCAAGAAGGAGAACGAAGAAGACAAACUCACUGAUUGGAAUAAACUGGCUUGUCUGCUCUGCAGAAGGCAGUUUCCCAACAAAGAAGUUCUGAUCAAACACCAGCAGCUCUCAGACCUGCACAAGCAAAACCUGGAAAUCCAUCGGAAGAUAAAACAGUCUGAGCAGGAACUAGCCUAUCUAGAAAGGAGGGAACAGGAGGGAAGGUUUAAAGAAAGAGGAAAUGAUCGCAGGGAAAAGCUCCAAUCUUUUGACUCUCCAGAAAGGAAGCGAAUUAAAUACUCCAGGGAAACUGACAGUGAUCGUAAACCUGUUGGUAAAGAAGGUAUUGACAGUAGCAACAAAGGAGGCUGUGUCCAACAGACCACUGGCUGGAGGAAGGGGGCAGGCCUUGGAUAUGGCCAUCCUGGAUUGGCUUCAGCAGAGGAGACUGAAGGCCGGAUGAGGGGGCCCAGUGUAGGGGCUCCAGGAAGAACCAGCAAGAGACAGUCCAACGAGACUUACCGAGACGCUGUGCGAAGAGUCAUGUUUGCUCGGUAUAAAGAACUAGAUUAAAGAAUGGAGGAGAGGCAAGUCCCAUAGGACACAACCUCCUUCUUGUUUUGUUUGUCCGUCUCCUUUUGUUUUGUUACUGUUCUUGCUGCUAGAACUUUUUUAAAUAAACUUUUUUUCAAUGUGA